CUUCCGGGACGUUUGAGGAACUUCAUGCCGAACUUCAAUAAAAGAGAGGAACCAUAACUGAGCCCCAGCUUGCGACAUCGCAAAGAAGACGUCCGUCGCUCUGCAGCUGAGUUUAGCUUGUUGUCACACGCACACCGAGUUACGGUGAAAAGUCAAAGCAGAAAACGCUGGAAAAUGCUCAGCGGGUCAGGCAGCGUCCGAGGGAAGGGAAGCGGAGGUAGCAUUUCAGCUCUGAAGCUCCUGAUGCUCGGACUCCUGCUGGUGUGCACCAGUGCCAAAGUCUACAAGAGAUGUGAGCUGGCAAGGACCCUGAAGCAGUUUGGCAUGGAUGGAUAUUACAAGUACAGCCUGGCGAACUGGGUCUGCAUGGCUUACUCGGAAAGCCGCUAUAACACCUCAGCAAUUAAUCACAACGAGCAGCAUGGAAAGGUUUGGUCGACAGACUAUGGUAUUUUUCAGAUCAACAGCAAAUGGUGGUGUGAUGAUCAGAAGACCAAAGGUGGAAAAAACAUAUGUGGGCUCAGAUGUGAUGAUCUUUUGAACGACUACGUAGGCGAUGACUGCAAUUGUGCAAAGGUUAUCGUCACACAGAGCAAAGGAAUGCGUGCCUGGGUGGGCUGGAAUAAGAACUGCAAGGGCAGAGACGUUGAGUACUUUGUUCAUGGGUGUGGUGUGUGAAAAGAGAAAUGAUUCAGCAUUCGUUUUCAACACCCCCCCCCCCCCCCGCUUCUCUUCCCAGCUUGCUUCAGAUACAGCGCAAUGGCAUCUUUACCACUACUACCUAUAUUCUUCUUAGACCCCCUUUGGUCGUGGCUGACCACGGGUGUCUCCAGGGUGCUAUUCCCUAUAUGGAGGACGCCUGUGCGUGACUUUGUUUAACGUGGGGAGACUGGUGCACAGACAGACACCACACGGUCCUUGACAGAUCUGGGUCAGGAUC